AUGUCGUCUGGUGCAUCAACGACGUCGCCCGUCUCUGCGACGUCGACAACGCCAGUGACGUCUGCCACUUCGGCUGCAAGUACGUCUUCUGCGCCUCCAGCUUCCUCUCCUCCACUCUCCUCUGCUCCGGCGUCCUCGCCCUCUCUUUCUCAGUCUGAGCCUGGCGCUUCUCCGAGUACGAGCGAUCUCCUUUCUCUCCUAUCCUCCUCCUCCUCUUCCUCUCCGCCUACCGCUACUCUUUCUUCUUCCGGUCCGCUGUCUGCAAGCAGUACUCAGACUAACCCUACUUCUUCUCUAGGCUCAUCAGCCGCUGCGGCAUCAACACCAGAUUCAACUACUGAUUCAUCUACUCCAACACCCCCUCCUUCAUCGACUCCUACCCCUACAUCUUCAUCAACGCCUCCACCGUCAUCUACGUCGCCACCACCGACGUCCGCUACCCCUACAUCGACGCCAACUAGCACCUCAACCACAACAACUUCGUCAAAUGCACCUCCAUCUGGGACCCCAUCAACCUCUGGUGGCUCGAGCACAGCGAACGGUGCUUCGUCAUUAAGCUCAGGACCAAGUGGGUCGGGUGGGUCAUCCUUCACGUCAACUACGCCAAGCGCAACGCCGUCGACAUCGACGAGCCUGAGCACCUUCGUCACGACAAAUGCUGUCGGCUCUACCUUUACGUCGACCGUCGCUACGACAGUCGUGGUUACGCCCACAAUCGACCCCAACGCGAACUCCGCGGGCGGGUCACGUUCUUCGUCGAGCCACACGGGCGCAAUCGUAGGAGGCGUCGUGGGCGGUAUCGGAGGCGCGAUUCUAAUCGCCCUCGCUAUCUGGCUCUUCUUCCGGAAACGCCGAAGAGACGACUUUGACGGGGACUUUGAUCCGGAUCGGGUUGUUGGCGGACGCAGAGUGGGUGGUAUGGAUCUCGCCGGAGGCGAAGCGAGCGCGGUCGAACCCUACAAUUACGUCCCAAACGCCGGCGGCCAGCAGAUGAGUCAGACGGGCUCGUCCGCGGUCGGUGCAGGCGCUGCAGGCCUGGGGGCAGGCAUGGCCGCGGGGGCGAAGCGUGCGCCGCCGCAGGGUCCCGGCAGCGGCAGCGCGAGCGCGCCCUCUGCGUACUCCGCAGCCAGCCAAAGCCACUACGCGCCCUCGAUGUCAGACCCUGGAUACGACUACAACGCGUACGCGGCCUACUCCGACCCGCAUUCGGGCUCGAUGUCCGGCCACGGCAACGACUCGACGAGCCCCCGCUCGUCUGCGUUCCCCGGCGGGUUCAACCCCGGCUACGUGCCAGACGGCGCGCGCCGCGACGGCCCGAGCCCUGGCCCCUCGCUGCCUGGCACGGGCUCGAGCAGCGCAGGCAUGACGAUCCCGAGCAGCAAAGAGUCGGAGGUGCGCGGCCUACGCGUGGCCAAUGCCCCCGGCGAGGGCACCCCCGUGGUACAGCACCAAGACGCAGGGCGCAUCCCAGAACAUGGAGUCGAGGAGACCGAGCCAAGCGAAAUCCCGCCGAGCUACGACUCGAUCAGGAGGGACUAG